AGAGAGAGAGAGAGAGAGAGGCUGUGGUUCUCGCCGCUCUCAGGGAGCAGAGCGCGGCAGCAGGGACCGUCGUCUCAGGAAAGGAAAAGCAGCACGGGGGUGUCCCUACAACCAUGGGAGAUAAUGCUGAAGCCAAAGCACUGCCACGGACCACCAGGAAGCGCCCCCACAGGCAGAAAGAUGUUUAACAGCGGUCACAUUCCUGCAGCCAAUGACUGUGUGCUCAUAAUAUCUCCAAAAAAUAAAAUCUCCAAAACACGAAAGGAAAACCUCGCAGUCGUUCGCACAAAGCUCCGGUCAUGUGAUCGUCUCCAGUGAAGCACCAGCGAUAAUGUUGUCCCAAGUGAUGCUGGGUGUCGUCCUGUCCCUCCUCAUCCUUCUGACCGUCAGUGGGAAUGUGCUGGUGUGCAUGGCCGUCUGCGCCUCCCGACGCCUCCGCUGCCUCACCAACUGCUUCAUCGUGUCGCUGGCCGUGACCGACCUGCUGCUCGGCCUCCUGGUCCUCCCCUUCUCCGCCCUGCUGCAGCUCAACAGCGAGUGGCCGCUCGGCCCGGCCUUCUGCAACUUCUACAUCUCCAUGGACGUCAUGCUGUGCACCGCCUCCAUCCUCACGCUGCUGGCCAUCAGCGUGGACCGCUACCUGGCGGUGACCAGGCCCCUGAGAUACGCCUCAGUGGUGUUGCCGUGGAGAGUUGCCGUGGCCAUGGCCAGCGUUUGGACGGUGUCCGUGGCCGUGUCCUUCUUGCCCAUCCAAAUGGGGUGGAACACCGUGAACGGCACGGUGCAGAACCACGGGCCCUGGGCGCCAGAGAGGAAAUGCCGCUUCGAGCUGAACAGGCCCUACGUACUGACGGACGCCCUUCUCACCUUCUACCUGCCCCUGGUGGCGAUGUGCUGGACGUACCUGCGAAUACUGCGCAUCGCGCGGGCGCAGGCCAAACGCAUUAUCGGUGCGCGACCCACUUGCAUCACGAGCUACAACUGCAGGGACAACCCUUCCACCAGCACCACCGUGGUCUCCAGCGUAACAGCAGUGGCUCUGCGGGAGCACAAAGCCACGGUGACGCUGGCAGCCGUGAUCGGGGCUUUCGUGGUGUGUUGGCUGCCGUACUUCAUUCUGUUCACGGUGCUGGGCCUGAAGGAGCAUCCGGACCCGAGCACAGUACCAGAAUACCCCAUUGUUUUGUGGCUGGGUUACACGAACUCGGCCCUCAACCCUAUUCUCUACGGAGCGCUCAACCGGGACUUCAGGUCAGCCUACACCCAUUUACUGAAAUGUCGAUGCCCGACUUACGGCGGGUGGAUGAGCUGGCAGCCGCCUCACACGGCAGCAGCAGCCAGAGACCAGUUUACAGAGGUGACACUGCUGUGUAGCCACGCCCCCGCCACGUGCCGGGCGGGCCAAACGGAACAAAACGUCGCGCUUCAAGAAAUGAACAGCAGGGCGGCCGCAGCGACUAUCCACUUUGCAAACGGCACUGCAGUGACAGACGUCAACGGCAAUGAGAGGUCGUGCUGAGCCCGCGCUGCUGAGGGGGCCCCUGUGUACUGCGGUGGCAACCGAGAAGAAGAACC